AUGGAGCAUCUGUUUGGGGUUUUGCUGGGUUUGAUUCUGGUCGUAGCUUCAUCAGUGCAGAACAACUGUACCUGUGUGACCAACAAGCGGACGGCCCAGGACAGAUCUGGGAACUGCACGCGCAUGCUGGUAGGCUCAAAUCAUACGGUAGACUGUUCAGCUCUGCUGAUGAAGGCAGAAAUGAUCCCCCUGAAGGAGGAGCACUUCUGGGGCCAUCCUCGUGGGCUGUUAGAUAAUGAUGGCAUUUACAAUCCAGACUGCGAGGACAGUGGUAUCUUCAAAGCCAGGCAGUGCAAUCAAAUUGAUACUUGCUAGUGUGUGAACACUGCUGGAGUAAGGAGAACCGAAAAGGGUGACAAAAGCCUGAGUUGUGGUGAACUAGUUAGAACAAGCUGGAUCUACAUUGAACUGAGGCACAAGAAAGGUGCCUUCGAUGCUUCCGAUGUAGCAAACGCCCUGAAACAUUUGAGAGGCGAUACAAACCACCCCAAGUACAUCUCAAUCUUUAAAUAUGAUUCCCCAAUUAUCCAAAUCUGCCCGAACCAGCAUGACUCUGAGAAAUCUAGGUGUGAUGUAGAUAUAGCUGAUGUAGCCCAUUACCUUGGAAGAGAUACGGGAGAUGACUCCCUAUUUCAUGCUAACAGUACAUGCACUGUCUCCAUCAAUGGAGAUGCUCUGGAUAUUGAAAAAAUAUGGAUUUACUAUGUUAAUGAAAAGCCACCAGAGUUUUGCAUGAGACAACUGGUUGCUGGCAUUAGUGCUGUGGUGAUGCUGGCUGCUGGCUUUGGCAUCACUCUGCUGGUUAUUCUGAGGUGGCUGUGGACAAGAAAAUAUGAGAAAGUUGAGAUUAAAGAAAUGGGUGAAAUAAGAGCACUAAGCUUACCACUGCCCUGA